GCCAACAAUCGCACUGGGGCUUGUGCUUGCUGGUCCUGCGGGAAGCGCUGGUGCUCUUCAUCUCUGUGUUUGACCGCAUCUCUUGUCUUCUCCUCCUCACUGACACACACACACACACACACUCAAGCACACGCACACACACUCAAGCACACAUACACACAUACGCACGCAUAUACACUCACACACACACACACAACUCCAGCCAUGAAGUGGACGCGGGGUGCGUUUGCGGCGGUGGCGGUGACGCUGCUGAGCGUCGUUGCCCUUGCCGUGGUCAUUGGCUACAGCGCAAUGAAGAAGCAGCCACAGUACGAGUACGCCGUCGUCGUCGACGCAGGCUCCUCCCACUCGGAAUUCCUCAUCUACACGUGGCGGCCCACGAGGGCCAACGUCAGCACCGAGGUGUACGAGGUGCCCCGAGUCAACCAGGUCAAGUUCUCGUGCUCCACGGACAAAGGCAUUAGCAUGUACGACACCCCACAGGACAGCGCAAACUCCCUGGCAGACUGCCUGCGCAAGGCCGCCGCCGCGCUUCCGGAGAACGCCCGCCCCACGACCCCAAUCUACCUCCGCUCCACCGCGGGCAUGCGCGUCAUGCACAACAACGACCCCGCCAAGGCGCAGGCCAUCCUGGACGCCUGCGAGCAGCUUUUCCGCAACUCCACGCUCGACGGCGCCCGCUCCUCCGCCAUCAUCUUGCCAGGCUCGCUCGAGGGUGGGUUUGGUUGGAUCACCACCAACUACGUCGCCGACCAAAUCCUGCCCACGCACAAGUCCAAGCAGCACGACACCACGGCGGGCGCCCUCGACCUGGGCGGUGCAUCCACACAAAUCACCUUUGACGACCCGAGCACGUACUCAAAGCUCUCCCCAGAGGACCAGCUGCACCUGCACCUCUUUGGCAACGACUACUACCUGUACACGCACUCGUACCUGUGCUACGGCAUGAACGCGGCCCGCCAGCGCAUGCACGCUACGGCGCUGCAACAGGCAACGAGCAAAGGCCCGCACGUCACCGUCGACUACCCGUGCCUUCCAACCGGGUUUGCCACCAACCUCACGCAGGACGACAUUGCCUUCUUGCGGUCGGACUACUGCUCCAACACCAUCCACUUUGACGACACCAUCCUCACCGCCACACUGCAGGGCACCUCGGACACCACCGCGUGCCAGCAGCAGACGGCGCUGCUGCUUGACGACGGCUUGCCGCCUCGCAUGGGCACGGGCCAGCCCGCCGUCCCCGACCAGCGCUUCUUCGCCUUCUCGGGCUACUACUACGUGAUUGACUUCCUGUGCUCCACCAAAGGUCUGCCCGGGUGCACGGCGGGCGAAAACAGCGGGUGGCACAUGCCGCCAUCGGCCAUUGUCGCAGCAGCAGACAGCGUGUGCGCAGAGACGGCGCAGCAGUUGCGGAGAGAAUCGCCGACUAUCCCAGACAAGUUCCUCAUGGACUACUGCUUCCAGGGCCACUACGUCAACACCAUCCUCACCCACGGUUACGAGUUUGGUCAGGACUCGAAGCAGAUUGAGUUUGUGUCGGAGGUCAACGGGCGGGAUGUUGGCUGGACGCUUGGCUUCCUGCUGCACGAUGCAACGGAGGAGCAAGGCCCAGGCGCCACUCGGCUCAUCCCAAAGGCAGGCAUCGUUGCUGGCGUCACCGUCACCGUUGCGCUCGCGUGCAUCGGCCUUGCUGUUCUCUACCGCAUGUUCCGCCGGUCGCGCAGUGACUACAGUGCCCUCAACUAGUCUCGCCGUCUGUGUUAUUUGUCGUUGGUCUUUGUCGUUGCCUCUGGCUUUGUCUCUGCCAGUGCCAGUUUCUUCAUCUUAAUCGGCACCCACAUCAUCGCUGUUUGUUGUUGUCUUUGCCGCUUCGUCGUUGUUGUUCAUGCAUACGAACACGCUUGUCGUCACCUCGUCACUUGUUUGAGGUUAUGAGGUUAUGAGUGGAGUAGGCUUGCAUGUGAUCGUUAUGUGUUGACGCUGAGUGUUGGAUGCUGCUGCUGCUGCUGUUGUUGUUGUUGUUGUUGUUGUUGU